CCCGAGUGAAAUCAUGAGUGUGAGUGUGAGGACCUGGAGAGCCGUGAACACGUGCCUGCUGCUCACACUGCUCACGCUAUGGGCGGACGUGCUGGUGGUGAGGGCGGCCGUCAUACCCGUCUCGUCCCCCGAACCCAUGGAGGAAGCAUCGGCCCUGCAACUUCUGCCGGGGAAGAUCGGGCGAGCGAGUCUGCUGCGUGAGAUGGAACGACAGCUGAUGAUCCUACAGGCGGCGGAGGAGAACAUCGUAAGUGGCCUGCAGGAGCUGGAGGAGGAGAGGAGGGUUCUGUCUGGCCGGAAGAGGAGUCACUACAGCAGUAUGUGCAUGUUCAACGUCGUCGCCUGCUACCGGAAGCGGAAAUAAACACUUUGGUGUCCUCGACAGUAA